GUCUGAGUCGAGGAUUUCCUGGAGGCUUCUGGGGAGAGCAAAUCAACAUUUGUCAAGCAGAGCCGCGAUUCUCAGGCUGCUGCAUCAGCCAUGCGACGCCAUUGCGUGCACUGAUCAGAAGCCGAAGCAGAGAUGGCGGGCCUGAGUCUUCUGCAACAGCCGCUGCGAUGUGCUCCAAGUGGCGGAAGGCUCUUUGCACGAGAUUGUGAAUGGCGAGCGGACACGGGCACUGGCAAUGGCACUGCGUCAGGGAAGGUGAGAAUCGAAUCGAGACGCGCACGAGUAUGCAGAAGGGAAUUCUCCGUAGCUCGAAGUUGUGCGUCGAUUGAGGUCCAGGAGCGAAGGAAUGGGGCUGGGGACAGGGAAUUAAGCUCGGCUGGCGAAGAGAAUUCAGGUGUUGCGGAUUUCUAUGGCAGCGGAGGCGGGAGAGGAGUGGGCGCUGAUUCGGACAUUCCGCUCUUGGAGGCGCUGGCGAAUUGCGCAGCGCAAGAUGCUGCUUCCUUCCAUUUUCCCGGCCACCGUCGAGGGCGCGCGGCCCCGUCUCGGAUGUUGGAAACGGUGGGACAUGGUGCCUUCGCUCAUGACUUGCCCGAGCUUCCUGAGCUGGACAAUCUGUUCUCGCCGGACGGCGUCAUAGCCGAAGCUCAGGCCAAAGCCGCCGCGCUGUUUGGCGCAGACGCCACAUUUUUCCUGGUGAAUGGCUCGACUUGUGGAAUUCAAGCGUCGGUCAUGGCGACAUGCCGACCUGGAGAUUUUCUCAUUCUUCCGAGAAAUUGUCACCUCUCCGCGACGUCGGCAAUGGUUCUGUCGGGAGCUUUGCCGAAGUACGUCGUGCCACUCUACGACCGUCGAUGGGGAAUUGCUCAUGGAGUCAGCCCUCUGUCCAUACACACGGCCAUCACCGAAGUGAAAGCACAAGGAGGCCGAGUCGGGGCCGUUUUGGUCGUCUCUCCGACGUACUUCGGCGUUUGCAGCUCGAUCGAUGCAGUUGCGAAAGUGUGCCACGACAAUGGCGUUCCCCUCAUUGUGGACGAGGCUCACGGAGCACACUUCCGAUUUCACGAAGAUCUGCCAGAGUCUGCUCUGGAGCAGGGAGCCGACAUCGCUGUGCAGUCAACUCACAAGGUGCUGGGCUCGCUCACACAGUCAUCCAUGCUCCAUGUGAGAGGCGCAAGGGUGAGUCAAGAAGUCCUGGGCAGAUGUCUGCAAAUGGUGCAAAGCACGAGUCCGAGCUACCUCCUGCUUUCGUCUCUGGACGCUGCACGCGCUCAAAUGAGCGAGGGUGGUCAAUUCGGACGGACGAGAGGUUCAGAUUCUCGUCUGGACAGGGCUCUUGUUUACGCACGCAACGCAAGAGAACGUCUGAAAGCCAUACCUUCCCUGUCAGUGAUGGAUGAGGACACAAUCGACAGCAGUGAAUCCUUACCUGGGCUGGAUCCCCUUCGUAUCACACUGGACUUACGGGGACUCUCUAUCGAUGGCUACGAAGUGGAUGACAUUCUUCGGCUGGAAUUUGGCGUGAUUGCUGAGUUGCCUGCACUCCAAACAAUCACGUUUGCCGUCAGUCUGGGCAGUUGUGAGCGUGAUAUUGACAUGCUGGUAGACGCCUUCGUAGCUCUGAGUUCUCGUUACACCAGCAGUGGUACCGACGGCGCUACCAUGCCUCCCCAGGAUCAGGAUCAGCUUUUCAACAGCUCAAUUUUGCCUCUUCCGUCAGCACGAGGAUUGAGUCCGAGGAAUGCAUUCUUCAGCAAGACUGUCAAAGUUGAUGUGGCGGAUUCUGUAGGCAAGAUAUGUGCUGAGCUGGUGUGUCCUUACCCACCCGGUAUCCCCGUGAUCAGGCCUGGAGAGGUCAUAUCGGAAGAUGCAAUAUCUUACUUGAGGAGGAUUGUCAAGAAUGGAGGUUCUAUCGCAGGAUUAUCAGAUGCAACAUUCUCGACCAUUCAAAUCUGUCAAGAAUGAGCUUGUUUGCAAGCUUAUACUGACUUGUAGUAGUAGGGUUGGAGGGUUUAGUUACCAUCAUACACAUGCAGCACCAUUGUUAAGUAACAAAUUCUAUUUAGCUAGCUGACAUGACCUUCGUGAACUAGAAUCGGUAGAUUAGACCAGCGAAUCUAUGAGGUUCAAAGACUUUGUAGAGUAUGUUUAUACGGACAGUGAGCACAUUAACUCUCUGUGUCCGUAUAAACAUACUCUACAAAGUCUUUGAACCUCAAUGUGCUCACUGUGAAUAGCAGUGAUGCUACUGUACAUUGUUGAACAGCCAGGCACCCGAUUUUUACAUUGAUAAAUAUUCACUUGCAUGAUGUACA